AUGGCAACGAUAUUGCGUUUUGAUCUCAACGAGUGCUCCUUCGUCUGUGAUGAGUGCAUGGAGGUUCCGGAUCAGUGUGCAGACAAUCCGGAGUAUCGGGGGGACAAUGUUGUUGUCCUUUGUCCGUCAUGUGCACGGGACAAAGGGUACACAGUGUUGCUCUUCGACGAGGAAGACGUGGUGCAUGAGGAAGAUGCGCCACGCGAGGAAGAUGCGCCACGCGAGGAAGAUGCACCGCAUGAAGAAGCAGCGUGGUUGCGUUUUUAUCGCAAUGAGUGCUCCUUCGUCUGUGAUGAGUGCGAGAAGGUUCCGGAUCAGUAUGCAGACGAUCCGGAGUAUCGGGGGGACAAUGUUGUUGUCCUUUGCCCGUCUUGCGCGCAGAGGAGAGAGUAUGGAGUGAUACUCUCCGACGAGGAGGACGAUGCCUAG